GCAGCCUCGGCUCCCGCUUCCGUGCAGACGCCCAGCAGCAGGCGCACACCGCCCAGCCACCCCAGCGCCAGCAGCCCCAAGUCCUGCGGUCCUGCUAAAACUCCCGCGGUCCUCGGACCCCCACCGGAUCUGCGGCGCUCAGCGCCCACCCAGCUCGCGGCUAGCAGCCACCCUUGGCUCCGCCGCGGCUCCUGGAGAGCCGAUCGCUCACCUACCUAGCUUGGCUCUGAGGACCGAGGUGGGGGGGGGUGGCUUCAUGCGGCCCCCACACCCUUCACCCCCCCAACCGCCGCCGCCCCCGAGCUCCGUGCGUAGCGUCCAAGCCCCAGCAGGGCGCACAACUUUGGAAGUCCCGUGGGGCUCCUAGAGGAGGCAGAGUCCGCGCCUUCGCCCGAGGUCCGGCCCAGCCCGCGCCACCGCGCCUAGUGGGUAGCGACAGAGUUGGAAAUCUCUUCGAGGGUAUAAGAAGACAGACCUAGGACCCCGAGCCCACACCAACACCCUUCGGCUGCCUCUUGGGAAUACAUCUCUAGCCACCAGCUGGCCCUACUCGAUCCUGCCGUUUAGAAAUAAAACUUGGCGGUGUUUGAGGAGCUGGGAGAGAGAAAGCAACCACCCGGAGCGUCGGAAGGACGAACCGCUGCCAGUUCGCAGGCUCCGGUCCAUGGACCACUAGCGGUCCCCAGCUUGGGCCCGGGCUCCCUGCGGCCCUCUUCCUUAUGUGAGGCUCGGCGGGACGAGCCGCGCACCGGAGGAAGAGGAGGACCCACGGACGCGGGGCCGGAAGGCAGCUGGCAGCAGGCCCAGGAGAACCGGCACCCGCGUUCAUGUUCCGCCAGGAGCAGCCGCUGGCCGAGGGCAGCUUUGCGCCCAUGGGCUCCCUGCAGCCGGAUGCCGGCAACAGCAGCUGGAACGGGACCGAGGCACCCGGAGGCGGCGCCCGGGCCACCCCUUACUCCCUGCAGGUGACACUGACUCUGGUGUGCCUGGCUGGCCUGCUCAUGCUGUUCACGGUGUUUGGCAACGUGCUGGUUAUUAUCGCCGUGUUCACCAGUCGCGCUCUCAAAGCGCCCCAAAACCUCUUCCUGGUGUCCCUGGCCUCAGCGGACAUUCUGGUGGCCACGCUGGUCAUUCCCUUUUCUUUGGCCAACGAGGUUAUGGGCUACUGGUACUUUGGUAAGGUGUGGUGCGAGAUCUACUUGGCUCUCGACGUGCUCUUUUGCACGUCGUCCAUAGUGCACCUGUGCGCCAUCAGCCUUGACCGCUACUGGUCCAUCACGCAGGCCAUCGAGUACAACCUGAAGCGCACGCCGCGCCGCAUCAAGGCCAUCAUUGUCACCGUGUGGGUCAUCUCGGCCGUUAUCUCCUUCCCGCCACUCAUCUCCAUAGAGAAGAAGGGCUCUGGCGGCGGGCAGCAGCCGGCCGAGCCGAGCUGCAAGAUCAACGACCAGAAGUGGUAUGUCAUCUCGUCGUCCAUCGGUUCCUUCUUCGCGCCUUGCCUCAUCAUGAUCCUGGUCUACGUGCGUAUCUACCAGAUCGCCAAGCGUCGCACCCGCGUGCCACCCAGCCGCCGGGGUCCGGACGCCUGUUCCGCGCCGCCGGGGGGCACCGAUCGCAGGCCCAACGGGCUGGGCCCGGAGCGCGGAGCGGGUCCCGCGGGCACCGAGGCCGAGCCGCUGCCCACCCAGCUUAACGGCGCCCCGGGGGAGCCCGCGCCCGCAGGGCCGCGCGACGGGGAUGCGCUGGACCUAGAGGAGAGUUCAUCGUCCGAGCACGCCGAGCGGCCCCCGGGGCCCCGCAGACCCGAGCGCGGCUCCCGGGCCAAGGGCAAGACCCGGCCGAGCCAGGUGAAGCCGGGGGACAGUCUGCCGCGGCGCGGGCCCGGGGCCGUGGGGCCGGGGGCUUCCGGGUCCGGGCAGGGAGAGGAGCGCGGCGGGGGCGCCAAAGCGUCGCGCUGGCGCGGGAGGCAGAACCGCGAGAAACGCUUCACCUUCGUGCUGGCGGUGGUGAUCGGCGUGUUCGUGGUGUGUUGGUUCCCGUUCUUUUUCACCUACACGCUCAAAGCGGUCGGCUGCCCGGUGCCCAGCCAGCUCUUCAACUUCUUCUUCUGGUUCGGCUACUGCAACAGCUCGCUGAACCCUGUUAUCUACACCAUCUUCAACCACGACUUCCGCCGCGCCUUCAAGAAGAUCCUCUGCCGCGGGGACAGAAAGCGCAUCGUGUGAGCGCACGGGCCGUGCCCCGCUUACAGACGCUGGUCCGGUGCAGGCCCUGGGCUUCGAGGGGGCGCGUCCACGCAUGCAGCCCCUAGCACUCUGAAACUCCCGGGCCUACCUGCUCCGUGUGAUACCCGGCUUGGAGGGAGCUCGGUGGCCUUUGAGACCUUUUGUUACCAUGUGUAAAGUUCUGGCUGAGAGGGACACAUGAGCCCUUUUGCUGGAUAUUGUGGUUGUUCCCAACCCACAGCCAGUUUCCUGCUGGGCUAAGCCCCCAUCAGUAUUGUUUCCUGAUGAUAUUGCCAUCUUCUCCCCAAGUCUGACUCUCCCACAAGCACAGUACUAGAGAGGGCAUGGCUGCCGAAGGGUUAAUGAACCAAGGUUUCCUAGCUCUAGCUAGUUAUCACUCCCCUCCUCCCGCCCCCUUAAAAAUCAUUCAGGGCAGCCCUGCCUGCCCUCCCUUCCCCCCACUGUAAAUAUACAUUAUUUUUGAUAGCAUACUUUGGGUUCCUCUGUGUUGGCCUUGGUGUGAUAUUGGAGUCAUGGCUGUGGAGAUGCCCUCCAGUCACAGACUGUGGGCUCUCUGAUCCAGACCAAGCUCCUUUACAAUGCAACCCCCUUUCUAGUGUUACUACAUCGCUCUCAGUGCUUUUCGGCAGUAACUGGUGACUGUCCCCUGGACACGGACCUGCUUUGACAUUUCCUGACAGGGAAGGGAUUUCUGUUCAUUUCCCCCUGUGCCUAACAGCAUAAUUGCCUUUUCCUAUGUAAAUAUUACAGCGAUGGACCAAGACAGAAGGAAAUGAACCUUCUGCCUUGCAUCAGCCCUGUGUAUAAAGCCAUUAUCCGCUGAGGCACCACUUGCCCCGGUAACUCACUUUAGAACUGACUUUGCGGUUCGCCUCUCCUCUGGGGACAAGGCUUGAAAAGGAGUGUGUAUGUUUCUAUCUUGUAUGUGUGCCGCCCCUCCCCCCAGAAAGUGCUGAGUAAGGGGAAUCUUUUAGCUGCUGUUUAUAGACACACGGGAGGGGAAAUUAUGUGGAAGAAACCAACCCGAUACAAUUUGCCAAGUUAAACAGUGUGAGAAGACAAACGGGCCUGCCGCACUGUACAGCGCCAGCCCCAAGAGCUCUUGGGUAUCAAAGUGUUACCUCCCCUUGCUUUUCUGGCUGAGAUCAUGUCACUAAUGAAUUGCCAAAGUCAGGGAGUAGGCGGAGACUUCGUGUUUACAACCCGGUUUCUACUUAUUUUAGGCGGACUGUGGAAGGCCUAUGAUCUGACGAAAACUAAAUGUCAGCACUUGUUGCUCAUGACGGUAGAUUUUUAAAAAAAAAAAAAUAAAAGUUUACAGAUCAAAUGUGAAAUAAA